UGGAAGUGCACAUUUGUUAAAACCCAUCUGAAUUGUAAUUAAAUCAAACGUUGAAUGUUUUUCUUCUCUCUUCCACACAUGCUCAAGGUUGUUCCAGCGCGUGCAUACCGAAAUGAAUUAAUUAAUGGCCUUGCAGCUGGCCGUACCACUCUGGCUGAUACCCUUGCUGCCUGAUGUCUCCGAAAGCCUCUGUGUUUAGGUUUUUGGCUCCUCCUCUUGACUCCUCAGUGUGGGUCUUUACGUGAGCUCCCAGGCCUCCAAAGAAAGCAGAGAAGCAAGAAAGGAGGUAUACCUCUCUCCCUGUGCUCUCCUCACUCCAUUCACAGAUCCUGCGAGAAGUCUUCCUUUUUGGGUCCUCCCUACUGAGCACCCUUAUACUUUCGAUUUCCUAACUUUCAACCUAAGUCUCUAUUGCAACAUGGACUGAAAACAACUUCAGUAUCAUCUGCGACUCCUCUCGGCUGUGACAGACUUGACUCAGCGAUGACACCUUGCUGGAUUUGACGUUCAUUGAAUUUGCGUUGGAUUGUAGCAGCGAACUCAAAAAUCUGAUCCGUUGGACCUUGACUCUUUGCCGGGCCUUUUUGCGUAAGUGUUCAGGUGUAUCGUAAGUACCCUAGGAUGGGAUCUGAUGUACGUGACCUCAACCCGCUCCUUCCCCCCGUCCCACCACUUCCAGGGGGGAACGGUAACUGCACCCUGCCCGUGAGCAGUACUCCACAGUGGACUCCAAUGCUGGACUUCCACACUGGUUCACCCUACAGCUCGCUGGCCCCGCACUCCUUUAUCAAGCAGGAGCCCACCUGGGGCACGCCUGACCCCCAUGAGGACCCUCACUGUCUCAGUGCCUUUACUGUGCACUUCUCUGGACAGUUUACUGGGACUGGGGCCUGCAGGUACGGAGCCUUUGGGGCCCCCACACCCAGCCAGCCCCCACCCAGUCAGCCGAGGAUGUUCAGCAAUGGCCCUUACCUGUCCAACUGUAUGGACAGUCAACCCAGCUCCAGAAGUCAGGGUUACAGCGCAGUUGCUUUUGAUGGAGCCACCAACUACGGACACACUCCUUCCCAUCACACCUCACAGUUCCCCAACCAUUCCUUUAAACAUGAGGACCCCAUCACGCAGCAAAGCAACAUGGGUGACCAGCAGUAUCCCGUUCCUCCGCCUGUAUAUGGGUGCCACACGCCGUCAGACAGCUGUACAGGAAGUCAAGCUUUGCUCUUGAGGAACCCAUACAACAGUGAUAAUUUAUAUCAAAUGGCGUCACAGUUGGAGUGCAUGGCGUGGAACCCUGUCAACCCUCUGGCGUCCAGUAUUAAGAGCCAUCCAACAGGUUAUGAAAGUGACCCCAACACGCCCAUGGUGUACAGCUGCAGCACACAGUACCGCAUACACACCCACGGUGUCUUCAGAGGACUUCAGGAUGUGAGGAGAGUACCCGGCAUUACACCUGCAAUAGUGCGCUCGUCUGAGACCAACGAAAAAAGGCCGUUCAUGUGCGCCUACCCGGGCUGCAACAAAAGAUACUUUAAACUCUCUCACUUACAGAUGCACAGUCGUAAACACACGGGGGAGAAACCCUAUCAGUGUGACUUCACAGACUGCGGUCGCAGGUUCUCCAGAUCAGACCAGCUAAAAAGACACCAGAGAAGACACACAGGCGUUAAGCCCUUCCAGUGUGAAACCUGUCAGAGAAAGUUCUCACGGUCAGACCACCUUAAGACCCACACCCGGACACAUACAGGUGAGAAGCCCUUCAACUGCAGGUGGCCGAAUUGUCAGAAGAAGUUCGCCAGGUCUGAUGAACUUGUGAGGCAUCACAACAUGCACCAGAGGAAUCUGACCAAGUUGCAGCUGACUAUAUGAGUCAAGUAUAUGAGUCUCAUUACCAGUGGCGUCUUCUGGGUGCUGAUCUGAGACCUGUCCCUCUAUCCCAAAACAUACACUGAAGCUAUUUGUGUAAGGAAAGCAAGAUCUGCAGCAAGAAGGCUCAUUUUUAGACGAUACUCAUACUGAUCAAAUUUGGAUAUGCGAGUUGUUUCUUUUUAUUAUACCUAGAAUAACAUUUUUUAAAGUUCACUUAAACAAAAAUUAAAGGGACUCUUCAUUUAUUUAUUUUUAAAUAUGCUCAUUUUACACCUCCCCUAAAGUUAAACAUUUGAUUUUUACCGUUUUGGUAUCCAUUAAGCCGAUCUCCGGGUCUGGCGGAACAUUUUUAGCAUAGCUUAGCAUAAUCCAUUAAAUCUGAUUAGACCAUUAGCAUCGUGCUAAAAAUAACCAAAGAGUUUUGAUAUUUUUCCUAUUUAAAACUUGACUCUUCUAUAGUUACAUCGUGUACUAAGACCGACGGAAAAUUAAAAGUUGCGAUUUUCUAGGCAGAUAUGGCUAAGAACUAUACUCUCAUUUCAGCGUAAUAAUCAAGGACUUUGCUGCCGUAACAUGGCUGCAGAGGCGCCACGAUAUUACGCAGUGCCUGAAAAUAGUCCCCUGCCGUUGAAAUUUACUAAGGGGACUAUUUUCGGCUGCUGCGUAAUAUCAUUGCAUGUAACUACAGAAGAGUCAAGUUUUAAAUAGGAAAAAUAUUAAAACUCUUUGGUUAUUUUUUAGCGUGAUGCUAAUGGUCUAAUCAGAUUCAAUGGAUUAUGCUAAGCUAUGCUAAAAGUGGUACUGCCAGACCUGGAGAUCGGCUGAAUGGAUUCCAAAAAGGUAAAAAUCAAAUGUUUAACUCUAGGGGAGCUGGAAAAUGAGCAUAUUUUCAAAAAAAGUGGAGUGUCCCUUUAAAGGGAACUUUUGAAUGGCCAUGAUGCUUCAACGUACAUUAGUCAUGAAGCUCAUGUGUGCGUCUUGCAUCGUUUCUUGAUCAUGAUUCACCCCAUAUCAUUUCCACUUCAUUUGCAAAAAGUUAUAAACUAAAAUAAGAAAUAGUGGGUCUGUUAUGUUUAUUAUCUCUUGCUGCCGAUCUGUUUUUCUUUGCAGUUGUGAAGGUUAUGGUUUGGUUAGACUUUGGUUAGCACUUAGACUCAUAUGUCUUCAUAGGGGUUUUGAGAGAAAGAGGUGUUUUAUCUGCAUGCGCAGCGCCUCUUAGAGGCAGCUCGCACUAUUAUGUUGGGUCAAUAUAAACCAUUUGUUUCCAUUAAGGGAACCUUAUUGUGCUGAGACUGAGAUGUGAAAUGUAAUGUACUUAACAGUUAAUUUAGUUGCCGUCAGACUAAUUUAUUAUGUUCGUUGUAAAUAAAAAUGUAACGUUUGUUUCCACUUGUCAAACCUAUCCAACUUUAUCCAGCUCCUUCUCUGUAUCUGAAAUUGUGAAAUCGUUUCACUGAUGUAUUUGUCCGUGCUGUUAAUAUUCCACUCUUAGACCUUACCAGUUUAUUUAUGAGUAGGUCACACUGGUCAUUUGGCUGAGCGGUUGCUGUCAAGCUGUAAAUAUUAGUUUCAAUCCUCAGCCAACACCAAAUAAUUAAAACCUGACAGACAGCAUUUUGUUCAUGGAAAAUGUGACUCACGUAUAUAAAGGACAGAAUGUGAAAAGCAUUUACAGUAGAUGGAAAGUUUGUUUUGCUUUAUUAACUGUCUCCGGUUGUCUUUUAUCUGUUAUUGACGGUUAUUGUUUUUUUUUUUUUUUUAAUAAAACUCUCAGCAUUAA